AUGGGGGAUGUCUUCAUCCGACACAUCGAGCUGCUGGGCUACGAGAAAAGGUUUUUCCCCAGCCAGCACUAUGUCUACAUGUUCCUGGUGAAGUGGAACGACCUCUCUGAAAAGGUUGUCUACCGCCGGUUUACCGAGAUAUACGAGUUCCACAAAGCGCUGAAGGAGAUGUUCCCCAUUGAAUCCGGGGACAUCAACAUGGAGAACCGGAUCAUCCCACACUUGCCAGCCCCAAAGUGGUUUGAUGGGCAGCGCUCAACCCAGAACAGGCAGGGCACGCUGGCCGAGUACUGCUACACGCUGGUCAACCUGCCCCACAAGAUCUCCCGGUGCCUGCAUGUGGUCAACUUCUUCAAGGUCCGUCAUGAUGACAUGAAUCCCGUCACAGACAGCCAGAUCAAGAAGCCUGAGGUCUUCCUCCUGCCGAAGGAUGCCAAGAAAAACUCCGCCGACAUCACGGGCCCCAUUGUCCUGCAAACGUACCGAGCCAUCGCCAGCUACGAGAAGAGCUCCACAUCCGAGAUGGCUCUAAAAGCUGGGGACAUGGUGGACGUCGUGGAGAAGGGCGAGAGCGGCUGGUGGUUUUGUCAGUUGAAGAAUAAACGGGGCUGGGUGCCAGCCGCCUAUCUGGAGCCGAUGGAUGGUCCUGAUGAGUCUGAAGAGCAGGAGCCCAACUAUGCAGGUGAGCAGUACAUUGUCCAGAAAAGCUACACAGCCGUGGAGGAGGAUGAGCUGACCCUCAAGGAGGGUGAUACCAUUGAAGUCAUCCACAAGCUCCUCGAUGGCUGGUGGGUCAUCAGGAAGGAUGAAACCACGGGUUAUUACCCCUCCAUGUACCUGCAGAAAGCCGGGGAGGCGAACACCUCCAUGAAGAGUGAGCUGCGGAACCGGGGUGCUCCUCCGCGGAGAUCCACCAUCCGAAAUGCGAAGAGCAUCCACAAGCAGAGCCGGAAGCAGAUCAGCCAGGAGACCUACAGGAGGAACAGCAAGAAGUACAUCCAGAGCCGGAGGAACAUGAAGGAAAACUUCCAGAAAAAGGCCAAUGUCAUCAUUGAGAAAAAUGAGCGAGAGGAGAACAAGGCCAAGGCUCAACCUGCUGUUCCUCCCCGUCCCAGCAAAGACCUCAUCCUGAACCGCUGUACCGAGAGCACCCGGAGAAAGAUCCUGUGAGCCCUCAGCCCCCCGCACCAGCCAGCCGAUGCUUUAUCUCCGCCAGCUCCUGCGCAGCCGGGGCUCAGAGCCAGACCAGGGGAUCCAGGUUCUGGCAGCUGCCGCAGGCCCCGGCGGGCUGCCGGCCGCAUCGGCGCAGCCCAGCGCCCAUCUUCAUCCACCGGCACAGCGAUCCCCAGAUGUCCGAAUGACAGCGUGAGGAGAGCCCCAGCCCUGCUCCACCGGCUCCUGGGGGACUGAGGUCUCCACAGCCACUGGGGACCCCUCGCCACUAGACCACCUUUUAUCCCCUAUUUGUAUUUUGAAUUAUUUUGCUUCUU